AUGACCUCAUCGACUCAGCGCAUGCCUGUGUUUUUUGUCAGCCAUGGCGGGCCAAACCUCCUUGACGACAACGAGUACCCGUACGACGAGCCCGUCGCCAAGGGGCUUCGCGCCAUUGGUGACCAGAUUAAGGCCCUUAAGCCCCGCGGAAUGGUCAUUAUCAGCGGUCACUGGGAAGCUGGCCGCAACUCGCUGCAAGUCAACAGCAAGAGCGCCAUCCCGCAGCCACUGAUUUAUGAUUUUUACAACUUUCCUGCGUGGAUGUACCGCGAGCAGUUUGAGCACAAGGUCGACCCGGCUCUGACCCAGCGUGUGGUCGAGCUUGUUGCCCAAAAGAACAUCGAGAUAGAAGCCGUCGACCGCGGGCUCGACCACGGCGUCUGGGUGGUGAUGAAAAAGGCAGGCCUUGCCGACGCUGGAUUCCCAAUCACCCAGCUGUCCCUCUACAAAAGCGACUCUAUGGAGGACCAUGUCAGGCUGGGCGAGCUCCUGCAGCCGCUACGCGACGAGGGUAUUGUGGUUGUGGGAAGCGGGAUGGCUGUGCACAAUCUGCGCGACUUGUUCGGCCCUGGCGGAAGCCGUAGCGGUGGCGUACGCCCGUAUGUUGCGCCAUUCGACAAGCAAAUCGACGAGGCGGUGCUCGGUGAUGGUGCCAAACGCCGCGAUGGCGUCCUGGCGCUGGCAAAAUCCGAGUUACUGCGCAAGGCACACCCAACACUCGAGCAUCUGAUGCCGCUGCAUGUGGCUGUAGGUGCGGCCGGCCCUGGCACCAAGGGCACCAAGCUCGUCCACGAGCAUAUGCUGUCGUUGAGCUGGUCAUGCUACCGUUUCGAGUAG